AUGGAAAACACCUUCCCAGUCAUGAUGGACUCCAAUGAGCGCUCCAAUCAAACCGGCAUCGGAUCGUCUCAGAUGGUGAUCCAGCAGUAUGCGCGAUAUCCUACAGCAUUAGAGUCCACGCUGCAGAGCGCAUCCUCUCUGGGGAGUGCUCGAAGCCAACUCGAAACCCACAGAUCGCCUCCGCUCCAUCGUAAAGGGACUCCUCGAAGCAUACAGUCCUCUCCACGGGGAAUGCGCUCAGCGCUACCGCCAUCAUCAACCGCUCGGUCUGGCCCGUCCAUGUCUCCACCGGUCUUUGAUGCCUUGCGUCACUCUCCGAUGAAAGAUGCAGCAGACCAGGCCGAGUCUCGAACUCUGCCAUCACGAGAGAUCACCGAUGAGACGAUUGACGAUGCUUACGUUUUAUUUAUUUUAUACUGCAAUCCUAAUGUACCUUCUUCUGUCGAUACGUCAGAGCUUCGCAAGACAUUUCGCUGCCCUCCGCGCAGUGAUGGCAAAAGCUUCAGUGUUUUUACCCUAUUCGAGCUUAUUCGGAAGCUCGAUAACAAAGAACUCAAGACCUGGAUUCAAUUGGCGAUCGAGUUAGGCGUCGAACCACCUUCAAUGGAAAAGAAACAGAGCACACAGAAAGUCCAGCAGUAUGCUGUCCGACUAAAGCGUUGGAUGCGUGCUAUGCACGUCGAUGCUUUCUUCGAGUUCUGCUUGGGCCAUCCCCAUCCAUACUACACCCAGCUUCCUCCCUCCGGAACGUUCGUCAGUGAAUCCCGCGAUGGCGUGCCGCUUGAGGAAGAUCUUGCUCUUCGAGCCUUGGUUCCACAGUGGAAGCCCAAACGCGGCCGAAAACGAGCGGAUGAACGAGAGCUCGAGGAGGACAAAGCAGCCAAGAGGCCACAGCUCGAUACUUCGGUGGCUGGUUUGCAACCCCGCGGGUUUCCAAGUCAUUCAAUUCCAUUCCCGCAAAGUGCCAUUCCUUUCAGCGCCUAUCCCACUGAGGAAGAUCCUUGGAUGACAGCAUCGUCUUCAUUUCCACCGCCUGGUGCCGCCGACCAACAAGGUCACGAUCUACAUUGGAGACUCCCGGAGCGUGAGACCUCGCCUGCGGGCUACCCCCAGUCUGCGAUCAUUCCCAGAGGAACUCAGCCCUCGGAAGCAAUCAUGUCGGCUGAGCCACGCUCUGCUGUCACUCCGUCGUCAGGGGAGAAGACACGCGCCCGGCGGCGACACGGACCUGCAGUGUCAUCCGCUUGGCCAAACAGCAAUGGCGCGAUAGCUGGAAAGGGUCGCGGGAGACCACCCAACAAGGCCUCGACAUCGGGUUCAUUUUCCACCUUCCAAGUCAGCUCGAGUCGCGAUUCAUCCCAAGUUCCCCAGCCUAAUGUCAUUCAAUCUUCCCCACUUGUUGUCCAUGAGGACCCUCCCAAUGCCUUGUCAAACUCGUCUUUCAGUCAGUCAUCACUCCCUGCCAACCAGGGACGACCGGGUAAACUCCAGUUACAAGUCCCACAACAUCAAGGCGCUCCAGUGCGGCUUGCUACCCCUCCAACACUUCUUGUGAACGGUGUCAAUGGUGCGAUCGUUCCCCAAGGUCAAGGGCCACAUGAGCCCCACCCAGCCAACAGCCUUGAUAGCGUCCGUCAUAUUGGUGCGUUCGCACAAACAGAAGCUGCUGCAACCGAAAACAGAAUAUCUCUAGAGGACAUCAUCCACACGCUGUCCAAUGAUCUUCUACGCAUUCGCGUCACAGGACGACCGGCUCCUAUCGCCCCUCAAGAGGCUCGGGUCCUAGCUUCAGCGUUGGUCAUCAAUAUGACUAACAUGUACUCGCAUCUGCCUUGUUCUCUUCCCUCAACACUGCUGGCCUUUCAGCUUGGUAUCGGGCAUCAUUUCGGCUUCCCUACGAAUAGUCAGCACUCUAUAACCGUGACCACUGAGCAUGCUGCCAAUAAUACGACCGUAGCUGGUAGACCAGGCUCUACAGAGCCUCUACGUUCAACAAGAUAUACCGUGACGUUCGAGUAUAAUACCUCCUCUCGUUUCUCUCUGCAGGUAGUGCUCUCGAACAGCGAUACUGGCACUGCACCCAGUCGGAACUUCAGCCAAGCGGCCGCGCCUUCCCACGCCUUGAAUGAAGUCGAUCACAAUGAUGAUCUGUCUAAUUUCGGGCUUGAUGAUGACGAUCUGGAUCACUCAGUCUCGGACGCUACAUGGAAACAACGUUAUAUGAGGCUCCGAACUCAGAUGCAGAAGAAGGAGCGGUCAUUAUCUCAGUACAAACGCAGGAUUGUUGAGUCGGUGAUGGCGGACAUAUGA